AACUUGUGCGCCGGAAGAAGAGCCGGCGGGCGAAUGCGCUUUACUUCCCUCCCGGGUCGCUCUGCGCCGGCGCGGGCGGCGAAGGGUCAGGUCCCGAGGAGGUUAUGGCGCUGGCCGCGCGCCUCGGGCGCUUUCUCCCCGCGAGACGGGCCCCGGGCCCUCGGCCCCCGGCGGGCGCAGCCGGCGGGCGCGGCGGGGGCGGGCCUGGGCGAGGCCGCGGCUCUGAGGUGAUGGGAAACCCAGGAGCUUUCAAAAGAAGCCUUAUGUUCUCAGCCUUGUCUUACUUGGGAUUUGAAACUUAUCAGCUCCUUUCUCCAGCUGCUGUGGUUCAUGCCGCAGCCAAAGGCUUCCGAGUUGAAGAACUCCUCCAGCAAGCAGACUACCUCUAUGAGAGCGGAGAGACCGAGAAGCUCUAUCAGCUGCUGACCAAGUACAAGGAGAGUGAAGAUGCAGAGUUGCUGUGGCGUCUGGCGCGGGCCUCCCGGGACCUCGCUCAGCUUAGCGGAACCGCAGCGGAGGAGAAGAAGGCCCUGGUGUACGAGGCGCUGGAGUACGCGAAGCGGGCGCUGGAGAAGAACGGAGCGAGCUUUGCGGCUCACAAGUGGUGUGCCAUCUGCAUUAGUGACGUCGGAGAUUACGAAGGCAUCAAGGCUAAAAUCGCCAACGCCUACGUUAUCAAGGAGCAUUUUGAGAAAGCAAUUGAGUUGAACCCUAAAGAUGCUACCUCGAUUCACCUAAUGGGUAUUUGGUGCUACACGUUUGCUGAAAUGCCCUGGUAUCAGAGAAGAAUUGCCAGCAUGCUGUUUGCAGCCCCUCCCAGCUCCACCUACGAGGAGGCCUUAGGCUACUUUCAAAAGGCAGAGCAAGUGGAUCCAAACUUCUACAGCAAAAACUUGCUUCUCUUAGGAAAGACAUACUUGAAGCUGCAGAACAAAAAGCUUGCCGCGUUCUGGCUGCUGAAGGCCAAGGACUACCCGGCCCGCACCGAGGAGGACAAGCAGGUACAGGGAGAAGCCGCGCAGCUGCUCGCAGGGUUCAGUGACAAGAACUGAACGUUUCAGAGACGCAGCGCACGGGACCUAGGGAGCUGCCCUCCGACUGCAGUGUGUGGCCGUGACUGUUCUCGGCUCUCAGUGCCGAUGAUGUGACCAUGUGACAACUUAAAUACACGGAAUUCCUCACAAAUGAGGCGGAAGCAAUGACUGCUGUGAGGUGGUGCGGUGUCCCCGUGCGGGUGGGCGGUUACUGUGCGUCUGGGUACCAGCCGUUGCAGGCGUGGCAUUAGAGAUCCGAUCGGUGGAAUGGAGGGAGCAGGAAGCAAAGCCGUGAGGAGGGCACGUGGGGCACGUUUCCGGUUGGAUGGCUCGAGCCGAGACCCUGCAGAGAAGGGCAGUGGGGUGAGGAGGCUGGGAAUUGG